CAGUCCUGCGCGCAAGACAAUGCAUCCGACGAUAUGGCCAUUUCUUCGUGAACAGCCGCCAGCCGAUCGGCGGGAUUCAUCGGCGCUACGGUCUCAGUGCUGGGCGUCCUCAACAGGGCGUCGAAGUUGAACAAAGGAAACUGGUUAUAUUCUAGGCUCUCUCCCGCCGUUGGUUUGUGACACGAUGCCAGCUUCAUUCCCCUGGGUUAAAUGGCUACUUUUCUCUUGCCUUUUGGUGGUUGUCUACGCCGGAGAAAACACUCGAAUGAAAGAUGGAAGUGAGUGUAAGGGUGAACUGUACAUUCCGUUUAUGCCGUGCAAGAGGUUCUGCCGAGUGAAAUGGAUUUUGAUUGUGCCGCACUAUAAAAAAAUCGAAGUUGCAGACGGAACUCCGUGCAAGAGGCGGCUCAUUUUGCCAGGUAUUUGUUCUCACGGAGAGUGCGUAAAAAAGGAAGAAGGAAAGGUCACUAAAGCACCCGUGAUCAACUUCACGGAUAUAAUGAUGACUGCCGAGGCGACGACCACCACUCUGGCCCCUUUGAGAGAAGACUAAAGCGGCGACCAGCGCAGAACCCGUAUGGUCGAUACGUUUCGAUGGCAAUAAAGAAAAUUGGCAUCAACGGUUCACUUUCGCA